CGAAACAGAAGCCAACUUCAGCAGCGCAGUCUUCGCUACCCAGGGACGACCGCAGACAGCAUUGCAUUUGUCCGUGGCCCAGGACGUCCUCGGUUGGAAAACAUACACACGAAGAUAUUUGGAUCUUCAUACUUGAGGAUAACUGAAUCCGUCUGGGUUCAAGUUAAGGUUUGAAGACACUUUAAAGAAAAUUGUUCGCAAACAAAUCGAACCUGUUCGAGCAUUUGGGACGCACGAAGAAAGAAAAGGAAAAACCUCACGACCUAGUCAUGUCUCGCAGAAGAAGCCGCAGCGCAUCGCCAGGGCGGUAUCCCCGCACCUGCAGCAGUAACGAUCCCAGGGAUUUGGAGCGAAGGAUUUUUGUUGGGAAUUUGCCAACUUCUGACAUGACAAACAAGGAUUUGGAAGACCUUUUCUCUCCGUACGGGAAAAUAGUCGGCGUGUCCUUGUUUCGAGGUUAUGGAUUUGUUCAAUUUGAGCGCCUUGAGGACGCUGAAGCUGCGAGAACAGCUCAAAAGGGCCGAAUAUAUAAAGGGUACAAACUAGAUGUAAAUAUGGCAGUGGAGCGACGGCAAGCUAAACCUCAAACCCACCAGAGCCCUCCUCGAAGGCCCCCAUAUGUCAAAGAGCCCCGGCCUCGAUCGCGUUCACCCGUCUACGGGCGCGACGCCAGGGAGCCUCGGGACAGUCGUGACGUCAGGGACUCUGCCAGGGAGCCCAGGCCGGGUAGCCACUCCCGGGAGCCCGAUUAUCGCUUCCGCUCGGACAGCAGAGACAAGGACGGCAGGGGCGACCCUCGGGAUUCUGCUUACAGCAGAGAGGAUUAUGACCGCUACUACCGCAGCAGGAGUGCUGCAGAGGACUACUACAGGAGGAAGGAUGAGCCCUUCAGGGAGCCUUACUUGGAUCCCUGGAAUGGACGCCGUGAGCCUGGAGUAGAGGAGCGCGCGCAGCCAGUGGAGCGCCGCCGUAACGAGCUGUAUCGACAGUACUACGAAGAACUCCAGCGGCGCUACGACACGGACCGCCCCGUCGACUGCUCCGUGAUUGUUGUGAACAAGGCGCAGAAUAGGGAGUAUGCGGAGACGGUCGGGCGCAAAGUCCGCGAUUUGGGAAUGGUCGUGGAUCUCAUCUUCCUGAACACAGAAGUCUCUCUCACGCAGGCUCUGGAGGACGUGGGCCGAGCCCGCACUCCCUUCGCCAUCAUCAUCACUCAGCAGCACCAGAUGCACCGAUCCUGCACUGUCAACAUCCUGUUUGGUACUCCUCAAGAACAUCGAAACAUGCCCAUACAAGAUGCCAUGAUGCUGGUUGCCCACAACUACGACACCUACAAAGUGGAGAACCGGGAAAAAGAACGAGAGGAAAUCGCCAGAAAGGCGGCCAAGAUGGCGGACGACGUGCUCCUCCGGGAGGCUGACAGAGAGAGCCACCCCAUUUCCGUGCUGACCGGCAUCACACUGCUGGCUGAAAACAGGUUUUUAACCCCGGAGGAGCUGGACAGUCUCAUUGCUUACCUGAAGGAUAAAAGAGCUCGUCUCGUGAGAACCUCAGAAGAUCCUCUUCCAGCUCAUGCAGCGUCCGCAGUGCCGCAUCACGAUGCCCUGCCGUCGUCUGCGGGACUCGCUCCAUCUUCGCUCAGCGCCUCCCAGCCAAGUCACCUGCCGGCGGGUCCCAGCGCCUCAUCCAACCCCAGUCACCAGCAGGAGCUGCAGGCCAAAAUCCUCAGCCUGUUCAACAGCGGCUCCAGCCCGUUAACGGGGUCCACCAGCCUUUCUCAGGGCACCCCUCAGUCACAUUCCUAUAGCUCCCUCGGUUCCACCCCCUCCCAAAAUCCAUCCCGCGCGCCCAUGUCAGGGCUAGCCCCAGGCGGAUCCCAGAGUUACGGCAUCCCGAUGGGCCGCCUGCCCUCCACCACUGCAGCCCAGAGGCCCUCCGCCUCCACUUCUGGUAUCAAUUUUGACAACCCGAGUGUCCAGAAAGCUCUCGACACGCUCAUCCAGAGCGGGCCGUCUCUCAACAACCUGGUGGGCCCCGGGUCUUCGCAGCCGCUGUCCCAGAGGUCCGCCUCCAGCAUGGGCCAGGGUGCCCCCAUGUCCAUGUAUCCUCGCCAUUAUUGAGGCCCCAUGGGAGACAACGGGGCUGUUAGAAGAAUAUACCACAACCUGUUCUGGGAUCGAUCCUCAAGCUUUGUGUUGGUAGUCCCUAGAGAUGUUUCGUAAACGUUUUAUAUUGCUCCUCGAUUUAGAGCUGGUAAAUUUGGAUGCUUUGCUUAGAUUACAUAAUGUUUUUUUUUUUUGUCUUUUCAGUUUGCCUGAAAUAUUUUACCGAGUCUUUUUACUGUGAGAGUUGGAACAACCUAGUUAUGACCUACGUUUUGGUUCGUGAUGGAGAUGGUUCUUUUCAGCCCUGAACUGUUAAUAUUUUAUAGUUUUCCAUUGUGCUGUUUAAUCUGUACUUUUUUUUUGUUUCCAUUGUCAAAAGAAGACAAUUAAAAAGUUGAGACACAUUCUGUAGUAAAAUGAUAUUGGUUUAUUGCAUUUUGUGCUGACAAAUCUAUAAAAUGGAACAGGUAUCGCCAGAAGCUAGAGAGAUAAGCAUUUGAAAUAUGGAUAAAACCGCUUUUUUCUUUUUCUUUUUUUAAAUGUAUCAUGAGUCACAAUAGAGAAUAAUACGUCUUUUUUUUAUUUUAGAAUAUUUAACUUACACAGACACAGAAAAUAAACACCUCAACACUAACUCUAUCUGAUUUUUAUUUACAUGUAGUCCCUUCCCACCCCGGCCCAUAACCACCCCCACCCCCAGCAGUUAGGAGUGCACACACACACCCACCCCCACAGAACUGAAAGAAACACACUAUAGCGUUACCGUUAGACUGGGUAGAGUGCUAGGGAAAAGUCAUGAACGGUUCAGAUUUUCUAUCAGGAACUAAACACAGGUUUUUACCUGUGCGCCAAUUAAAACAACUGGCGUCCAUUUUAGUCCUCCAAGCAUCCAUAUAAAAUAUCUCCUGCGAGUCCAGUGAAUUAAAACCAGUCUGGAGAAUCAAAGUAUCAAAUGAAAUCCGUUUGAGUUUCAGGUACGAAAGGAUUGAACGUUUUUAGGAAAUGUGCAUCUCAUGAUCUUGUAAUUUUCGCCUGAAUCAGACUGAAGCAGGGCUGGCACAGAUGAUGGAAACGGUCUGUGUUGUGUUCAGAGGACAUUGGCACAACCUAACUGCACAGUGCCUGUAAUCAAUAGUUUAAAACAUACUGGGUAGAAGUUCCCAUUUCCAUUUUUUUCCCCCACCUGUGCCAGUCAUAAAAAUGUACAUUCCCCAAAAUGCGAUAAUUAUCCUUUUGAAGAUUUGGUAAACAAUUGAAAAACUGGAGUCAGAACUACAAGCAGGGCUCAUUUUUACCCCCUUUUUGCACAUUAAACGUAAAAAUCAACGGUUGCUACACAUUUUUCCAGAGGUCAGUAAACACCUCUUGUCUAAUUCACUUAAUUGAGAAAACCUUCAGCAAAUGUUCUACUUUUCAAUAACUGACAACAGAACCUUGUGGAUAGAUCUACCAUUUAAAAAUAGAUUAUAAUAAUAUCCGUCUUGGAUACAACAAUAGGCCAGUCCUAAUAAAAGGGGGGAAAAAA